AACUUUUUUGAGCAAAUAGUUCCAAAAAAUCUAUAAUCUAAACCUGGCCGGGGUGCGGUAAUUUCAAAGUAAUCUCGCAAAACGGAACACAGCUGGCACGGUCGAUCCAUUUUAAAGCGUCCGCUCCCAACUACCCAUCUUGCCAGAUAGUGCCCCUUUGUACCAAAGUCCUGUGUGAAACUUCUGCAUCGCUAAAACGGUACACUGCGAUUAAACACGCACUCGCAUAUAGAAACACUGAUUGUUUAGUAUAAAUCGUCCAAUCGACUGCGCACACAAAAGGUGUGAGGGAAGUGGAAAAGAAAGCUUAACAGUGCCAAGUAUUUACAAUAUGCAAACAUCUUGCACACGGCCGCGAUUCCAGUGAACGACACGCGACGUGGAUCGCCGAAAAUCUGGAUGGGUAAACGGCACUAAGUGCUGACGCGAAGCACCACCGUUCUGGUGUAGCAUGACGAUGUGCAGAUGCACGUCUUCGUAACAGCAGCCGCAGCAGUAGAGAAAAAGUACGUUAAGUCACGCUUUUUGCCGGUUAUAAUUAGACUGUACGGAAAACGUGAACUGUGAAACACCGAUCGGGAAGGAGGCAACGCAAGAACUGCUAUUUCGAGUGGCGCGGGAACCGAAAUUAAUAAUCAACCGUAGGAUAAACAAAGCGAUACGCGAUGGCAGCGAAACUUGACGACCUCUUCGAUUUUGAACCAGACGUCGCUGGCAAUACACGGGGCGAUAGACCACACAUCAAAGCAUCGUUAAUGAAAGUUAAAACGUACCUAUCGGCACUACGACCAUGGUCCUUAUCGGCCAGUUUGAUGCCAACACUACUCGGCACAACACUCGCGUUACGUGUGCGGGGAUAUGAGUCCUUCAACGUGUGGACGUUCUUUUGUACCGCGCUAACGGUCAUGACUGUGCACUGUGCCGGAAAUCUAGUCAAUACGUAUUAUGACUACGUAAAGGGUAUCGACGAUCGCAAGGCAGACGAUCGAACGUUGGUCGAUCAUAUUCUCAGUAAGGAUGAGGUUGUUACCUUAGGCGUGCUGCUAUAUUUAGCCGGCUGUUUAGGAUUUGGAUUCCUUGUGUAUCUAUCACCAGCCAAGCUGGAACAUCUUGCUCUGGUGUACUUUGGUGGGCUAUCGUCCAGCUUCCUGUACACCGGUGGCAUCGGCCUGAAGUACAUUGGGCUCGGUGAUGUGCUAAUCUUGGUCAUCUUUGGUCCCAUCUCCGUGCUGUUUUCAUACAUGGCACAAACUGGGUACAUCGAAUGGGCUACCAUUUUCUACGCCAUUCCGCUCGCACUCAACACGGAAGCGAUUCUGCACAGCAACAACACGCGGGACGCAGAGUCGGACAAGCGGGUCGGCAUUGUGACGUUGGCCAUACUAAUCGGCAGAACGUGUUCGUACGUACUGUACGUUGUGCUGCUCUUCACACCGUACGUGAUCUUCGUGGUGCUCGGUAUGAAAUACUCCGUACUGUUUCUGUUGCCAAUGGUUACGUUCAAGCAGGCGUUCGCACUCGAGAGACAGUUUCGCAACGAGAGUACCGUGCAGAAGGUACCGCGUCAAACGGCCAAGCUGAACCUGUUCUUCGGUAUUUUGUACGUUGUGGCCUGUUUCGGUGCAUCCCAGCUACCGCUGAUAACGCAAAAGUGAACCAAAACGCCGAAUGCGUCCAAGUGCAUUACACAUAUACCGUUUGCGCGAUGUGUGCCCAUUGAUUAACUGUUGGUAGAACAUUUUCUGGAUAACGUGCUGUUAUAAUGGCGCACCACCACCUCAACGCUGAAGCGGCUCUACCUUAGUUGUUCUAUUUAUUCGUUAUAAUAUCGAAACCAUGCUGCCACACACACUGUUCGGUAGAUUUGUUAAACCAGUUUGUGUUUACUUAACUGAAUACACACGGGUAUGUGUGUAAGAUCUGUUGUGUGUUCACGGUUCUCUGCCGUAGUCCUGCAUCAAAGUGCACACGUUCGGAUUGCAGUUUGAAUAGUUUCGUAAAGUUUAAAUGUAUUAUUUAAAGUUGUUGCUGAACGAAGAAAUGUCGGAAUCCCAUCCUUUCGAAGGCUUAUUAAACCCUUCCAACGCUGUGUGAUGCUGAACGUGUUAAUGAAUGAGCUCGUUAUUGAUAAUCACUGUGUUUGUAUGUGCGCGGUGUGUAAUAUGCAGAGGUUCUGACGGCAGUUUCAAGUUGAAAACCAAUGCUUCACAUCUGUAAAUCAGUUAGAUUAAAAUUUAGCCUCAUUUCAGAGGAGGAACUACGAAUUAACAUUGGUUUCGCAACCGUAAAACCAUUCUUCAAAAUCGGCAAACACAUUUUCAUCCAGUUCAAUAGUUUAUCUACUUCUCCGUGUAUGAAAAUUCGAUUGUUCGUUUACUUUACAAAGGUUUGAUUAUGAUUUAUAGAUAUAUUGAAACAUUGGUUUACAAUUUUAAACUGGCUCAAGAAUCCUUUUUAUGGAUGGUUACUAUUUUAGUAUACUUUGACUUUGCUCCACCUGGUGGAAAAUACUCCAUUUUCUCUUAUUCCAUCAACGCUUCAGAUUGGUAGGAAUUUGGUCAAAUUUUAGUAAGAUUAUGAGUAAAAAUAUAAUAGUUGCUUUUCCUACAUUUUCCUUUCCAUGACCCUGCGGCGAAACAUAAUAACAUAUCAAUCAAAAAACAUAAAAUAAAUGGAUGGCACCGGAACGACCGGAACCGAAGCGUCAGUCCACGCAACGAAAAACUAAUUAGCUGGCAAACAACAACAAGGACAGCACUAAAACUAUCUGAAAAAUGUUUUCCGUUUUCUUGUAGAAUAAUAAAACCACAGAACCAUUAUCGAGUGGUGGUGGUAUCGUCACGAUUCGGUGCGAUACGUACAAAAAAGGAACAUGCUCGAAAGCUUGCGAAAAGACCAAAGUUACGGCAAUUUUACGAAACCAAUCAAGAGUCAUCGCAAGGAUUGAGCGUUGUGCGUAAAACAAAAUGUAAUUAUUAUUCCGUGUAAGUAGUAAAGGGUAUUUUUUCCUCCCCUGUCAGCUUCUAUUCAGUGCUGUAAUGAACCGUGGCUAGAUACGAUAGAUUAUCCAGUGGGAUAAAAUUGAGCGCUUCACUGAGACGCUAUUUUCGGAAACGACUCAUACUUCUCUUUUUGUUCAAAACCACAACCGUAAGUGAGAGACAAUAAUUAGCUCAUUAGGAUUAGCGUAUGUUGGAUUCAACAUCGAUUAUAAAAAUAUGGUAGGAAGGUGAGGUGUCUUCGGUGCUGAUUCAAAGUAAAGAAGAACUAAAAGAAUAUUGUUGCGUCUGGGAGCGCAAGCGAUAGAUGCGUACUAACCUCAGCUUUUUUAUAGCUUUCAGUCAACUCAUGCACCAUGAAAGAAGCGAACAGAUGAUAAUUAUGCUCGUUAGUGUACGCAUUAGUUGUAGGCAUGUUAGGCUUAGCCUACGGACGAUAUACACUCGGCGUGGAAUGGAACAUUGAUCGAUAAACCCCCGUGAAGGUGAUUGUAGGCAUUAAUGUGUUGUCCGACAAACUCAGAAAAUGAAAAAAGAACAAUUCGUGCCUGUUUUGUGCAAGAAAAAGUGUGCGAUUUAUUACAACACAGCAAAUAAGGUGUUGGGUCCUGCAGAGUAUAGUAGUGCCAUCGGGUGGGCAGUAUGGCGGUGGCAUUUGUUUACUCCCUUUUGAGAAAUAGGAAGGACAAGGAAAUGUAAUGCAAGCCGAAUGGAUGAGCUUUGGUUCGUUUUGCCUGCGUUCGCACGUACCCGGGAGAUCUGAUAUAUUGGUUCUGCAUGUCCAUGCAUUUUGGGACACAUUAGGUAAAACAAGAGCGGGAUAGGAGCAAUCACAGAAGAUAGGAAUCGACUGUUGACUGUAGCCGAUGGUACUCUGUUAGCUAGGCACAUGUAUUUGUAUAAACAAUAAGUUACAUUUAUAAGGAAAUUGCGGCAUUUUGCUUACAAGUUGAUUGUUUCUUAAUUCAAAUCGCUAAAAGGGGUAGUCACAGCAGCAGUCGAUGCAGUCAUCCUCCUUCAAAUGCUCGCGGUUUGUUGAUUCAGCCUAUAGUAAAGAUAUGUUUACCGUUUUUGCUAAUAUUGCGGAUACAAAAAAGGAACUUACCCGAAUAUAUCCGAAUACAAUACUUACGAAUACACCUACUUUACGAUCAUGCUAGAUCUGUUGUACAGUUGAUUCGUAUAUAGUUCUCAUAUAUGUUUACGCCAGGUGUAGCAUAUUCUCUAGUUCGGUAGUUCGGUAGGAAAGAAUGAAUGCGUUAACGCGAGAAUUCGAGUGCGUCAACUCUCAGGCGUGAAGGGUCUUCCAUGCAUAGCAUUGUUGCCUGUGCAAUCGGGCAAACACACGUGGAAAGGGAUUUGAUUUAAAACGUGUCUGCAUGUACACGCCGGCAGCGAUAUUCCGUGUUCUAUGGCAACUAUUUAUUAUUCGAAGGUCUCGGUUUUUGCUCACACGGUUAGGAUUAUUAAUAAUAAAGAAAACAUGAUGAAAGUUGCUAGUAAGAAAUAAAAAAUCAUUAA